UCUCACCGUGUCUCAGCAGGAUCCAAGAAGCAGACUAUUUGGUGAAGGUCUUUCUCCCAUCAAAGAAAGAAUUCCAAGACAGGACAAGAUAAGGAAUUUGAAAACUCAUACACUUGAGGGAUACUAGUUUUAUUGAAUUGUACUUGGAAAGUAUUUUUUAAGAAUGUUGUCAGAAGGGUAUCUUAGUGGACUUGCCUACUGGAAUGACAUCCAUUGGAACUGUGCAUCUUAUCAUGAACCGGUGGCUGAGGAACAGGGGGAGGAGACAAGUUCUGUUGCUGCUCUUUCGUAUUCCUCUGUGGAUGAAACACAAGUCCAAAGUCUUUACGUGAGCUGCAAAUCCUCUGGCAAGUUCAUUUCAUCAGUGCAUACGAGAGGGAGUCACCACAGCAGAAGCCAGAGAAGAACAGUGCUGCAGGCAAACCCCAAUCCUGUGUUUGAAAGUCCAACCUUGGCUACAGUUGACAUUUGCAGAGAUGUGAUCAGGGAGACCUAUUUGGUUCCACCUUCUUGCAAAAGUAUUUGCACAAAUUACAAUGACCUACAUAUUGCAGGGGGACAGGUGAUGGCCAUUAACUCAGUAAUGGCAGAUUUUCCCUCAGAGAGCAGCUUUCAAGAUGGUCCUUUGCUGAGGUCAUCUGAGAUUUCUUUGUCCAUGGAGGACUCCAUUUCCACUCAGCCCACUGAAUUUCCCUUCAAACCUAUCCAGAAGUGCUCGUCCUACUGGAGAAUAACCAGCAUCAAAGAGAAAAGCAGCCUGCAAAUGCAGAAGCCUAUUUCAAAUGCGGUGCUCAAUGAGUACCUGGAGCAGAAGGUUGUGGAGUUAUAUAAGCAAUACAUUAUGGACACUGUGUUUCAUGACAGUUCUCCUACCCAGAUUCUGGCAUCAGAACUCAUCAUGACAAAUGUGGACCAAAUUAGUCUUCAAGUAUCUAGAGAGAAGAACCUGGACACCUCAAAAGUCAAGGACAUAGUUAUUAGCCACCUAUUGCAGUUGGUAUCAUCUGAGAUCAGCACCCCUAGUCUCCAUAUUUCCCAGUAUAGUAAUAUAACUCCAUAGAGAAGAUUCCUGUCAAUUCCUUUCACUCCUACCAAUCCCAAAGUAAUACUGCAUUCAUUUAUUCAGAGAAUGUGAUGGAGGGAAUUAUGGAGGGGAAUUAAAGACUAGUAAAGGGAAGUUUGGAAAUCACAUACUACUAUACAUACUGAAGGAAUACAGGAAGAGGAACCAUGAAGAACAGUUUCAAGGGCAGGCUUAUACAGAAACAGAGCAAAAAUCAAAAUGGUUACAGAGAGAAGGAAGGUAUUACAAUUCAGUUAUAGGAGUGCUGAAAUUGGAAGAGAAGCCAAAUAGUAUGGCCAAACGAAAAAGCUAACAGG